AUGAUCGAGCGACCCAAGCAUGAGCAGUUUCGCAAGGACCGCCGCUCCAAGCACAAGAGGGUCCACGACGGACAUCAGAACCCUCACAGCCAUCCCACCCAAGCAAACCUUCCGGCUUUGAGAAAGCAGAUUCUCCGCAUCGCCUCGGAGACCUUCGAUGAGAUGGACGACGACUCGGAGCCACCGCAGUCGCCACCACCGGCUCCGUGCACUCCACCGUAUCCACCACCGCCACCGGAAGAGGAUGAACCAAAAAUCACCAACCUGGAACAGCCGGAUCAGAACAUCACCUCGCAGGACAUCGUGGAUAUGACCAACAACCUUCAUCAUGCGUUGAAGGAGUCUCACAACAAACUCGAGUCACUCUUCCAGAAGACCACUACGGUCUUGGUGACGCAGCACAGCACGAGACGAUGA